AUGACGCUGAAACCGCGCGACUUCACGCCGAAGGCGCGCGCGAGGAGGGAGCUGACGCGCGCCUCGCGGGAGGUGCACGUCGCCGCCGCGCGCGCGCUGAGCGAGGCGGCGAUGCGCGGCGCGAUCGAGCGCGCGGCGGCGGCGGCGGCGGCGGCGAGGGCGACGGAUCCGAAGGCGACGUUCGACGUGGACGCGGCGGCGCGCGUCGCGGUCUUAGACGACGACGACGAUUACGACGACGACGACGGCGACGGGACGAUGACGCCUCUCGCGCGGGCGGCGUCUCGACCGACGCGCGCUGGGGCGGCGUGCGCGCGCGCGCUCGUGGACGCGGGGGCGAGCGUGACGGUCGCGUGCGGGGCGUCGGGAUGCGCGCCGCUGCAUCGCGCGGCGGCGUGUAACGCGGACCGAGUCGCGGAGGUGCUCCUCGCGCGCGUCGACGGCGUCGCGCUCGACGCGCGCGACGCCGGCGGUCUCACGCCGCUGCACGUCGCUAUCGUGAACGGCGCGACGGAGACGGCGAUCGCGUUGAUUCGUAACGGCGCGAGCGUGGACGUUACCUCGGGGGGACCCGGGGCGGGCGGCGGGAACUGGGACGCGCUCGCGCACGCGGCGCGCGUCGGCGACGAAGCCGUCGUCGCCGCCGUUCUGGACGCGAACCGACGCGCCGCUUCGAAUUCCACGGAGACGGUGACGACCACGACGCCGCUGCACAUCGCGGCGCGGCGCGGGCACGCCGCGAUCGUUCAGACGCUGCUCGACGCCGGCGCGGACGCCGGCGCGGUGGACGCGUUCGGCUCGACCGCCGCCGCCGCCGCCGCCGCGUCGGGACACCACGCGAUCGCGACGCUUCUCUCCGCGCGCGGCGGCGACGAGCGCGCGAACGCGAACGCGAACGCGGACGCGGACGCGGACGCGGACGCGGACGCCGGCGGCGAGCGGCGCGACGAGCCGCGCAGCGCGCUGGAGUGGGCGGCGUACGAGGGAGGCGAGGCGAACGUCCGAGCCGCGAUCGCGGCGGCGGAUGAAAAAGUGAGGUGCGUUCUAUGUCACACUGGUUCCCAUACGACCGCGUCGGCGUUGUGA